UAAUGUUCCAAAAUUUUCAGAUCUGAGACAGGUCGUCAGCUACUCGUGCUCGUCGAUCGCAGCUAGCAACAGGCAGCAAGAUUCAUGGCGAACGAAAUCUCCUGUCCUCCAUCGUCAUAAACCACCCCAGCUCACCACGCGCAAUCGCGCAUGCAUCGACCUCCCGAAACUCCAGGGCGACCAUCAGAACGGAAGCCAUUCGAGAGGAUAGGAGGGGGAGCGAGAAGGAACACGAGUGCACAGAGAGAAUAACCGCGGCUAGCGAUGGCGGACACGCCGUCGCCAUCCCCGAGGGCGGCCGCCGUCGCCUCGGCCGAGGCGGGGUCCGUGUCGACGCCGCUGCUCCGGCGGCGGGGCUCCUACAUGCGGUCCAUGUCGCACGCGCGCGACGAGCUCCGCAGCUUCCGGUCCUGCCUCCGGUGGUUGUGCGUCGACCACUCCGACGACUCCAGCCCCGCGGUCUCCUGGCUCGUCUUCGCGGCCCUCGCCGUGGCCGUCCCGGUGGCCGCGCGCGUCGCGCUGCCCUGGCGCGCCUACGGCACGCAGGUGCAGGCCUCUCUCACGCUCUCCGCGACGCUCGCCUACGCCACCCUCUACUCCCUCGUCCGCCGCCGGGGCCUGCGCCGGCUGCUCUACCUCGACCGCCUCCGCCACGACUCCCAGGACGUGCGCGCCGGGUACAUCGUCGAGCUCGCCGGCUCGUUCCGCCUCCUCGCCUGCUUCGUGCUCCCCUGCUCCCUCGCCGACGCCGCGUACAAGGUGUUCUGGUACUGCACCAACCGGCCCUUCCCGCUCUGGUGGUCCGCCGCGGCGUGCGCGCUGGAGGUGGCGUCGUGGAUGUACCGCACCGCCAUCUUCUUCAUGGCGUGCGUGCUGUUCCGGACCAUCUGCUUCCUGCAGAUCCUGCGCAUGACGGGGUUCGCGCGGGACGUCGGCCAGUGCGCCGACGUCGCUGCCGUGCUCAGGCAGCACCGCCGCAUCCGCGCCCAGCUCCGCCGGAUCAGCCACCGCUACCGGACGUUCAUACUGUACGGCCUCAUCAUCGUCACGAUCAGCCAGUUCACGGCCCUCCUCGCUGCCACGAGGCCCCGCGCGCAGGUCAACCUGGCCACCGCCAGCGAGCUCGCCCUGUGCUCCCUGAGCCUCGUGACCGGGCUGCUCGUAUGCCUCUACAGCGCGGCCAAGAUCACGCACAAGACGCAGUCGAUCACCAGCAUCGCGGCGGCGUGGCACGCGGACGCCACCAUCAACAGCCUGGACCGGGACCAGGAGAACCCCAGGACGCCCAGCAAGGCGUACCUGCAGCAGCAGCACGCCUUCUCGCCCAGCAAGGCCUACCUGCAGCAGCACGCGCCCUCGAGCCCCUUCUCGGCGGCGAGCGCCUCCUCCGGCGAGGAGUCCGACGAUGACGACGAGUCCCGGAGCGAGGACAGCGUCGACACCUCGAGGUUCGCGUACUUCCACGUCACCAACAUCUCCUACCAGAAGAGGCAGGCGCUAGUGACCUACUUGGAGAACAACCGGGCGGGGAUCACGGUGUUCGGCUUCGUCGUCGACCGGACAUGGCUGCACGCGCUGUUCAUGAUCGAGUUCUCGCUGGUGAUGUGGCUGCUAGGGAAGACGAUCGGCAUAUCUUGAGGAAUGGCUGUAUACCUGUGUUACUGUGUAUGAUUUAUGUAACCAAGAAUUCAUCGCGAUUGUGCUGGCCAUACACUGUAAAGUUCCAUGUAGGUUCCAUCUGCCAUUCUGAAUGUAUAAAAUUG